AUGCGCCAAACCCUUCGCCGAUCGGGAUCUCUCGACCCCUUCGAUUCGUAUCCCCAGACGAGGCUCCCCCCGGAACAGGUUCAGCGCCUUAUCCAUAGUUUCCUCCACAAGAUUGCUUUCCAAUAUUAUCCACUCGACCUAAACGCAACCACAAAUCCGUUUCUCGUGUCCUGGUGGCCUCUUGCCUUGGGAGAUCCAGCACUGUUUCAUGUCUCAUUGCAGACAGCAUGUCUUGACGAGGAGCUGCUGGCCCAGAAGGGCUUCAGAUCCUCAGAGAUCCUCAUGGCUGACUCGGUGGCCUUAUUACGACGUAAAAUUGGGAACACGUCACUAGCUGUUCAAGACGGAACAAUGAACUCGGUCAUCACCCUGGCCACGAUUGAAUUUGGCAAAGGUAACAAUAAAGUCGCCGAGAUGCAUGUUGACGGGGUGAAAAGACUAGUUAAAAUGCGGGGUGGGAUAAACUCGGUCCGACAAACCAGCCCCCUCACAGCGAGAAUGAUCAGCUGGGUUUCGAUGCUCAUCAUGGGCCAUCCUCAAUUUGACACACAGGAUGAUUUCGGAAUUGGAGAUGGGAUACCUCCGAUUCCGGAAUGGCAACUAGACCCGGCCGCCACUCAUGAGUUGCCAGAAACCAUCCUUGAUGUUGACUAUGAUGUGAGGAACGUUUUUAUUCGCCUUCGAAAUGUCUUUCAACGGAUCCAAAACAUGCAAUUUCCCAAUACACAACUUCACGACCUUACAUCAUUCGUCAUACACCGACUUCUCUAUCUACCCUUGGACGCAGCGAAUGUUCAGCGAUCACCAAUUUCGGAAUGCAUUCGCUGCGCAGUCUUAAUUUACAUGUUCAUUAUACAGGGGCCAACAUAUUACUCACACGCAAUUAUGUUGAACACUGUCGUCAUCAGCCUUAUUGAGAAUCUCAGUCGCCUAGACGUAACGUCUCGGAUAUACAGCUCCCUCGAUAUCUGGCUUGCCGCGAACGCGCAAAAUUUCGACUUCUCUGCAACUAUUUACAUCCGUUGA